AUAGCAGAAGAGUGGGAAUAAAGGCGGCUGAAGCAUCUUUGUUUCCAUCCACUUCUCAGAGACAAGACCAGACCUCAGGACUGAUCAAGGAGAGCCGCUGGAGGCGAUAAAUCUUUCUACACCCGAAAUGAUGCCAAUCUGUACUGUGCUGGAGAAGCGUAAUGGAGUGGUGGUGGGAGCUGAGCUGACCUGCAGUGUGAGGGAAGAGAACAAGGCUCAGAGAGAGAGCUAUACUGCUGAUUGGCACAGCGUUAGUCUCAAGACUCAACCUCAAGACAGGCAGACCAUGAACAUGAACGAUACCUCUCGUAGGGAGACUCUGUCCCGGCAGUGGCAGGCACGCUCACUGAAACAGACCUGCCCCUCUGGUGUCUUCAGGGUGGGCACAGUGGAAAGAGGAGUCAGAGAGCACCAGCUGCUUCCAAAGAGAAACACCCUCCCCUUGCCCAUCUUCACCCCUGCAGAGCUGGGUGUCAGGCUGGGACGUGGAGCGCCACACACAGAGGAGGACCUGCAGCCAUUUGCCACUCAAGAUGGAGUAUGCCCCAGCAAGAGGACGGUGGACGAGAUCACCAGAGACCUCCCUCCAGUCAAGCCGACCCUCAUGGAGUUUGCCAAAGCGCCCAAAGCUCUGGGUCGCUCCAUGUCUCAGGAGGCCCAGAGAGGGUGAAAAACAAAAGGACAAAAGAAAAAGAGGGGAUGUUAGGGAGAGGCAAGAAGGAUGACAGAUGGGAAAGAAUAUUCAAUAAGCAGAGCGUGUCUGGAAACAUUAUGACAAGAUGUAUAUAGAUUUACCUCUAGUGACACCUAAUACUGUAGAACUUUAGCUCUGUA